AAUAUUUCUUUACUUUUCUCUUUUACACAUCAGAAUUUGAUUUGAUCGAUAAAGUUUCGCAAUAUGACUAUAAGAAUUGUUGUUUUUAUAAUAUUUAAAAAGAAUGUGUGAAGGUGUGAAUGAGUAGCCACUAAAUUGGAUCUCUUCGUUUUUAAUUCCGUCGAAUACUCGGAUUCCCAAGUGGAAUGAAUCGAGUGCAUGCUCACUUAUAGCCUCUUGUUAAUCUUCGGUAUCACGAUCGCCCAACUUGAAUGCACGGAUUCCAGCGCAGUAGGAACAAUGCAAAGGCGUUAUGAGCAUCUGUUACAUUUAUUCGGUCCAACUCAGCAUUUUCGAUAUCCGAUUGAGUCUUGCUUUUGAUAUGUUUUAUUUCGAUUAGUUUUGCUUUCGAAAUGGGCUAUCUUGAUUUAUCUCACGAAUUCCUCACACGUAUAACCAAGCAUUUCUUAGCUUAAUUUGCAUAAACUGCCGCCAGUUUAAACUGUGGAUUAAAUUGAGUAUUACAAGUUAAAUUGACUAAUGUGUUGGCUUGAUAAAAGAUAUCCUAUGCGUGUAAAUUUCCAGUAUUAUUGAACGCGAAUUAGUAAAUAGGGCACCGUUAACAUAACUUGCCUUCCACUAUCUAUCAAAUGUAUUAUUUAUGAUAAAUUAUUCAGCGUAAUUCGGUAGCAAGAAUAGAUAAAUUCGUAAAUAUAUAAUAUUAUACGAGACAAUUAUUGAUUUUUCAUGUUAAAGAAAUAAGCACAUUCAGUAAAAUUUCAACUCUAUAGCACUGUAACUUCCAUAAAUAAAGGUUAGUUAUGGAUUCCAAUUGCUGAAAGAUUCAGUAUCAUAUACGAGGCUAUUAACCAGUCAUUUUCUCUGUUAGGCCUCGAGGGGAACAUCAGAUUCGCGUUGAUCAGACCUUAAGCUAUUCAAAUCGGUAAACACGCCGUAUUCGACUUGCUGAUGUAUAUUAGAUACCAUUGACUAAUAGAUUAACCUAUGUGGUGACGCCGUUGAUGAUUUCUCUUAUCAUUAGACAUUUUCGAAUUCCAAUCAGAUUCAAAUUUAUUAUUCUUCUAACUCGUAAGAUAUAAAAUAAUCUUACUGAAUUGAUUUCAUUUAUAGAACAUUAACCCAGAUUUUGCCCUUCUUCGCCUACCCUGCUGGCAUGUUGCAUUAGACUAAGUUAUAGACUUAUAUAUAUAUUCAGGUUCUACUUUGCACCUUUAAUUUGUGACAUCUGUCUGCUUAUUUAACUUUUCCCGCCUCACAUCUCCUUCAAUCUUCAUUUUUAAAGGUUACUAUAGGUGUUGGGUAUAAUAUUAGAUUGUCUCUGCAUGCAAUGAGUUAUUGUGGAAAUAUGACGUCACUAAAACCUCGCAGAAAAAUUGAAAACGAAUUUUUAUUCGAACGACUUCGGAAAAUAUUUUGUCGUGUUUUCGGGGGACUAGUUUUGGAAAUCACCGAAAACUAUAAAAGGGUUGGAAGAAUUUUGACAAGUGUAUGGAUCCUAUGUUCUUCAUAUAUUUGUUCUUUACAAUAUACAAUACAAGGUUUAUUGGGCACUGUGGAGAAAGACUUGAAAUGUUGUUGCUCGAAUAUAAUUUAUGAACCAUCUAUUUUUCAUAAAGUUUGGCAACGUUUAUCUGCAUCAACGGCCGAGGAAAAAUUACUUUCAACUCAGCACUGCAUGUGUAAUAAAGGAUUGACGAGCUUCCAACUAAUACAAACUACUCGCGAUGCAAAGUUGGUGACGUCAUGGUUACGAACAAAAGGUAUGCAAGUAUCAUUUAGUGAUGUGGCGGUGUGGAAUGAUGGCACAUUGAUGUGGGAAGUCCUCAAGCGGGUUUCCCGUCGAAAAGACGAAGAUUUUAAAGAACUUCAAGCAGAAAAACGAAUCGAAAACUGGUCACUUCUGGGUGCUGUUAUCAAACGCCAGUUUCCUGGAUUGAUUGAGAAUGAAUUAAUUUUUCGAUGCUUGAUCGCUUCCGAUCCAGUCCGUAUUCAUCACCUUGUCUACAUACUGACCCGUAUCAUGCACGCGCGGAGAAGAAUGUGGAAAGUGAUGACAUUGAAAUGGCUGCUGUGGAUAUCUGACGCGCUUAAAAGAAUUCUACAACCACGAUUCAUCGUGAGUGGCCCGGGCAUAUCACACACAAAAAUCAACGUAAAAAAUGAGUUUUCAAUCAGAACACUAUAUGAUUGCCCGCCAUUCACCGUCGAUGUCGAAGAUGAUAAUGGUGAAAUAUGGCGAGAGACGAGCAACAAUGCUAAACUGAGUUCAAGUCACGAUGAUGAAUACCAAACGGCUGUAUAUCCUGGUUUGCUAGACAACCAAACCCCUGUUGAAAUAAUCAAAGUAUCUAGAUUUCUGUAUAGAGUGUUUUAUAUCGUCCACACAAAAGGAAUAUGCAAAGUGUCGAUUAGACCCGGCAUCAACAGAGGCGGUCAGAUAUACGGCAGUCCGUUUAAAGUGAAUGUGGCUUCUGGUACAUAUAGAAAACAGCAUAAACUCGAAAAAAGUCACUCUGAACCGAGACCUUUUGUAUUGACUCCGCACAUUAGGAAGCAUUCAAUUGUAGAAAACAAAGGUCGAAGCAGGCGAGAGAGUAUGCCUGAUCAACCAAAAGAAAACGUCAAGACGUUUACCAUGCCCAACUCGAAUGGAAACGUAAUACACGAAGAUGAUGAACUGCUAGAUUUAGAAGAGAAAAACGACGUAGUUACACCAAUAGAAAAUCAAACUAUAAAUACCGUUCCGGAACCACGCAUUGGAAUUCGUAAAAUGACUGCUCAGAUUAUACGCAAUAUUGGCUCUGGAAUAAGCAUCGUCUCGAGUCGAGUAUUUUCUACUAUGAGCAGGCGUGGCCAUGGGUCCAGCGUAUCACGAGUACCAACUGCAAAACGUCGUACUCACGCAAGCGUCUACGUUGGUACGAAUAUGAACGGCGUGGGUGGCGCAGCAAACGAACUCAGUGUCCCUUCGUCUCGUAAUUUUAAAAUACGGAGGGUCACUAUACAUAGGUACCUAAAUAAACCAAUGCCGAGUUUAGAAGAGUACUUUUUUGGAAGUACAGGAAUCAUUUUUGACAAUGAUGAGAGUAGCGGUCCCCGAGAUGCGGGAAAGCGAUGGGGUAAUAUAUCGUCACUACUACGCGCCAAGAUGCGCAUGACCACCAGUAGUAGUCGGUACGUGAAAGAAGAAACGAAACAUCUUAGCGACAAGACCAAAGAGUGGGAAGUGUCUCCUGAUGCACGAAAACGUAGAGCAAGAUUGCGACGUUCAGAAAAUGUUUAUCAAAAACCAAAAUUACGGAGCAGGCACAGCAGUGAUGAUUUGUUCUGGCGUAGAAGCACGAUCGAUGAUUCUUCAUCGUCAUCAGAAAGUUAUGACGUAUUUGAUGACGUCAUCGCCGAAGAACCAGCGAGUUUUACAAGAACACUACAUGCAGCGCAGGAAAUAAAUGAAGCAAUGAACAUCGAAAAUACUGUUCGACCAAAGAAAGAAUCUUCUAGAAAUGGUGUAAGAUUUCAACAUAUAUUUAGCGAAGAAGACGGGGCAGCGGAUCUAUUUCUUCAAAAUACGCCUUCACAUAAACAGGAAGAUCGGACUCGAUCAUCUUUGAGGCGGAAGAUAGCAGAGACGCCUAAACCAACUCCGAAUAUUAGUCGGAAUUCUUCCACAAACAGCACCGAUUCACCUCGAGCAACGAGGCGCACUGGUUACGCCAAUUUUCAGAUGACAAAUGCAGAUGCAACUGAACAGAUUAAAACUAAUAAUAAAACGGAUUUGUAUGCGAAGCCAACGAUUCUGACUUUCGCUAAUGAAGCUGCUGAUAAAUUAAUAGAAAUGGCGAAAAAGGAGGUUGUAGUAUCGACACCAAAAACUUCGUCGUAGCAAAGAAACCGCCAUGUGGACUCACUAUUUAGCGCCAGAUGUUGAUUAUUCAUUUAGCAUCCACUAAACCACACCAACCAGACAGGCCAUUGCUAAAACGACAUGUGUCAUAUACAAGAACACUUAUGCGAGUUUUCUGGUAUCUGAGUCAUUAUUUAUUAAUUAUUCUGGGACAAAACUAUCGAUUUACCGUAAUUACAACAUGAUGGUUUAGCACUGAGGGGAUGCGCGAAGUUGCGUAAACUUCUUUUUCUUACUUUGUUCAGUACAACAGACGUGAACCCUUUGCGCCAAAUGAGUAAUCUUUCGUAACAACGCUGCCUGCAGCUUGAAAAUGUUACGAAUUGGGUCAUAGAGUGGAAGUUGGGCCACUUUAAUGUUAAAUUUAUAUGAAGCACUAUUACUAAAUAAAAAUAUUUUUGUUGAGAGAGAUUAAUUUUAAAACGCAAAACUGUUUCAAGAUUCUGGCAAGGAUUAUUUCAUUAUUCCACUGUAGAUCUAAUAUGCGUCCAUAACUGUGUGCCGUUACUGCUAAAAGAGUAAUAUAAAAAGCAAUUGGACAUUUACAAGAUCCUCGGACCUGUAAUUUUGGUGUUUAUUCUUUGGAUCUGUAUCAUUAUGCCGCACACUCAUGGUAGACCUAAUUACUGGAGUCGUCCGUAUACCUGCUCUAAAUCAAAACCUUGAUGUGAAUUUUUUUUUCUUCUAUUUCUAGUAUGAAAAAUGUUACCUGGUGAUUUCUUCAGCCAUUUUAAAUAUUUUGUUUAAACUUUUAUGUUAAUAAAACUUUAUUUAUAGCAGUAUUUUCAAAUCAUUGAUUUAUCCAUUUCUUAUUUACUAAUGUAAUAAAGAUAUUUCCCCGUUGUUUGUUUGCUUUUAAGUUACAUAUUAUGGGUGAGAAUAAUAAGAUUCGAAAUUUGUACAUAUUGGACAACAACAGAGUGUAAGCAUUUAAUAAUUCAUCAAGAUAAAGUCGUUUUGCUCUGUACUAUGUUUAAUAUAGACAAGUAAAAGAAACUGCGUCUACUUUUAUAACAACCUUGAAAAUUUAUUGCCAUUAAAGUUGACCAAAAUUUUCCAAUAAUGAAAGAGUCAUUUGGUGGCAAACUAAAGUCAAUGUACAUAUCAACCUUAAAUAAUACAUGGAACAAAUCUUAUUUCAAAACUUCAGGAACUGUAUUUAUUCACAGAUGAUACGAAAAUUUAAUUCACUGAAAUCUGAAAGCAUGCAUACACAUGGCAGCAACAACAACCA